CUCAGCCUGGUGGAGAUGACAGAAAUAGAAUACACACAGCUUCAGCAUAUACUCUAUUCCCAUAUGGAGGCCCAGUCAAAUGAAAAUGAAGUGGAAAGUAGGUUAAACUUGAAUUGCUUCUCAACCAACAAUUCUGCAAAUCAGUCCCAUUACUUGUCGUCAUCUACUAGCAGUCAAGGUGGCUUCUCAUCAAACAGCUCUGGAAACCAGUCUCUCUACCCCAUUAUCUGCCAGUCUGGCUUGACUUCUGACAGCAGUUUCACAGGGCCUAAUCAAUGUCUAGGGCACAUUGAUUUUCAAGAGCUAAGGAUGAUGUUGCUUAGUGAAUCUAGCCUACCACCAGGCCAAGCUGAAAAAGCACCAAAUGGGAACUCCAUAGAUAUCAACGGGCAAAAUUUAGUAAAAUUAAAAUAUAGUGAAACCUCGGGCAGCAUAAAUAAAGAAAAUGUAGUUGCAGAAACUUUAGCAGCAGUUCCUGAAUCCAGAACCAAAUCUGCAGUCCGUGUUCGGUUAGAAGACAGAUUCAACAGUCUCCAGACUGAAAUUCCCAGGUGCCAAGAAACUCAAGAAACUGGAGUAGCUCUUAACAAUUUAGUAACCCUCAUUCGCCAUCCUUCAGAAGCGAUGGGUGUUCCUCUCCACCAGCAGCAGAAUAAAUGUACUGCUUUAGUGAAAAAUAGGACCGCUGCUACUGCCACCACUGCAUUGCAAUUCACAUGCCCGGUCUUUACACCAAACACGGCUUCUCCUGCAACUGGAAACACCAAUGCUGCACAAGCGCAGUCAUCAAGCUCUGGAGCCAGUGUUGUAGAAACAGUCAAACAUCAAGACCUUGCAUUGCCUCGAGCUUUUUCUGUAUGUUACCAGCAAGAAAUUGAAACUAGCAAACAAACAGUUGGUGCCAGAAAUAAAGCUGUACCUGAACAUGUUUGGAUUAAAUUGGGAGUAAAAAAGAAGGAAUUUGAAACUGUAUUCUGUGGUAAAACAGGCAGAAGGCUAAAAUUAACGAGAUCAGAUCCCAUAGCAACCUGUGCAACCCAGGAGAUCACACAGAAUAAUACAUCUACAGACAUGAAAUAAUACAAUCCUCAUAUUCAAGAGCUCUUGAAAAAUAAUCCAGGAUGUCUAAACCUAAACUCACCGACUGGACUUUUCUUAUAAUAUGGUUGACUAUAUCUCUAUCUCUAUGUCUCUCUCUAUAUUGUUCAAGACUAGUAAAUGCUACUCCCCAUCCCAUUUCUAUUUUUUGAUUUUGUUUUAUCAAAUAUAUAUAAUAAUUAAAAUGCUGCCUAUGUAGCAACCUGUUCUUUCCCCUCUUGCUCAUAUAUAUGAAUUAUAAAUUAAAUUUAUAUAAAUUAAUAGAUGUGCCAUAAGAAACCAGUUUUGC